CUCUGUCAGAUGGGCAGAGGAUGCGAAAUCCUCUCCUAAGACAGGAAAAUUCUCAAACCUUCUCUAGUUGUUUCCGCAGGCAGGUGACGCAUCAGCUGCAUAGUUGACGGCACUGGUUAGAAAGUAGGCAAUCAGCUAGGACCAUCUCCCAUUUUUUUCUGACACUUUGCUUUGAGCAGAGGGGCCAAAACCGGGAAAAGUAGAAUGGGGGCUGGAGCGAGCGCCGAGGAGAAACACUCCAGAGGGCUGGAGAAGAAGCUGAAGGAGGAUGCCGAAAGGGAUGCAAGAACUGUCAAGCUGCUGCUGCUAGGCGCUGGAGAAUCUGGCAAAAGCACCAUCGUCAAACAGAUGAAAAUUAUUCACCAAGAUGGCUACUCACUUGAAGAAUCCAUGGAGUUCAUUGUCAUCAUCUACAGCAACACCCUGCAGUCCAUCAUGGCCAUAGUGAAGGCCAUGACCACAUUAAAUAUGAACUAUGGCCAUGCUGAUCAGCAGGACGAUGCCAGAAAACUCAUGCAUCUUGCAGACACCAUUGAGGAAGGAACCAUGCCUAAAGAGAUGUCAGACAUCAUUUUGCGCCUAUGGAAGGACUCUGGCAUUCAGGCGUGCUUUGAAAGGGCCUCAGAGUACCAACUCAAUGACUCAGCUGGAUACUACCUGAAUGACUUGGAGCGGCUGAUCCAACCAGGCUAUGUGCCCACUGAGCAGGAUGUGCUGCGAUCAAGAGUGAAAACAACUGGCAUCAUCGAGACUACAUUUGGUUUGAAAGAUCUCAAUUUCAGAAUGUUUGAUGUGGGUGGCCAGAGGUCAGAGAGGAAGAAGUGGAUUCAUUGUUUUGAAGGUGUCACUUGUAUCAUCUUCAUUGCUGCUCUGAGCGCCUACGACAUGGUGCUGGUGGAGGAUGAUGAAGUGAAUCGAAUGCAUGAAAGUCUGCACUUGUUCAACAGUAUCUGCAACCACCGCUACUUUGCCACCACCUCCAUUGUACUCUUCCUCAACAAGAAAGAUGUGUUCACUGAGAAGAUCAAGAAAGCUCAUCUCAGCAUGUGCUUCCCUGAAUACGAUGGUCCCAAUACUUAUGAGGAUGCUGGUAACUACAUCAAAUUGCAGUUCUUAGACCUGAACCUGCGCCGAGACAUCAAAGAAAUCUACUCUCACAUGACCUGUGCCACAGACACAGAGAACGUGAAGUUUGUGUUUGACGCUGUAACCGACAUCAUAAUCAAAGAAAACCUGAAAGAUUGUGGUCUCUUUUAAAAGUCAUGCUGAGAAACCCAAUGAAGGGUGAUGUUGUAGCCCUUACACAUUCCACAAAUCCUCUCUGAAUUCAAACUGAGGACUGAGGAUGAAAACUAAACCCGUCACUAUCCCCAAAAAUUGGCGAAUGCAAAAAA